ACAAGAAAUUAAAAUGAUUUAUUUUCAAUAGUCAAAAGAUUUGUGAUGAUUUUCCUGCUCAUAAGUCGCUUUAUUUAUAAUUAGCUGUGUAAUAUCAUAUACAAUUUUCGUUGCAAAGGUUUGCGAAUAUAUGUAUAAUUCUAGUGUGUGAUACAAUAACUAUAUGGUAAAUGGAUUUGCCAGCGAUGGCGCCUAUAACAAAAGAUAAUGCAGCUGCCACCGACGUCUCAUUGAGGUUUUACUCCUUCUUGCCGUGCACUCAGCCUAAAAAGAAUUUAAAUAGCUCCAGAACAAGUGGUUACUGUACAGAUACGAGUGGUGUCGUUGUUAUCAAUGAUAGCGAUGAUGAGGAUUCAUCGACUACUUUAUCUGCCACUUCAGAACCUCAAUUUGAAUUUCUUUGCGAAAUCGAUGUGGACAAAAAUGUGGCGCUACCAAGACCGAUUGAGUUAAAGGUAGAGUGUAAAAAAGAACCUGAAUUCGAAGUGAACGUUCAACGAAAGGAGAAUAUCUACAAUGAAAGAAAUCCCAAAUCAUUACCCACAGUGCAAACAUCAGAAUAUAGUGAUUGUGAAGAUGAUCUUCUGGCUUUGUGUAAAAUUGAACCAGUUUGCGAUCUUAAUGAAACCCCACCACACACCGCUAUCGAACAAGAAAAUAAUCACUACAUAUAUUUCACUUGCCCACAAUGUGGUGAACGAUUUGAUUCACAUCCUCAUUGGCGACUUCACAUUGAAACUGUACAUCAGUUAGGAGAUCAAAGAAAAUGGAAUUUCAAGCGGCGACCCAACAAUGAGUUCGAAUGCAAUAGUUGUCGUAUGAUGUUUACGCGUUGCACACUAAAGACUUUGCAACAACAUCGUUUCACACACUUGCCACACAAGGUCUACCAUUGUAAAUUGUGUCCAUUCGAGGAGCAAAGUAUGUUUUUGAUGAUAUCGCAUAUUAUGCUGCAUAAAGAAAAAGAUGCUAGUAGCAGUGGCAAGCCAUCAAAUAAUAAUAGUGCACCAUCUGCACGGGAAAUCGCUAUGUGGGAACAUGAGAGUAGCACUUUAAUUGCAUACAUUUGUCCGGCCUGUGGCUUGACAUUCGACGCAGAGGAUGCUUGGCAAGCGCAUAUCAAUUUUAGUCACAACUUUCUGGAAAAGACGGCUGAAAAUCGGUUUGGUGAUCAUUUCAAAUGUUCUGAAUGCGCUGUGGAAAUCUUUUCGCAACAUAUUGCCGACUUACAACAACAUCUAUUCACACAUUUGCCAUACAAAUCAUAUUUUAAAUGCAAAGUAUGCAGUUUUACAAUUUCAAGGCGAAACUUCAUGCUCUCACACAUAUUAAACCUACAUAAAUCGCAUCUCAGUCCUAGCGCAAUGCCAAACGGUGACUCGCUAAUGACAACAGCCACAGCAACAUCAACGACUUCAACCGCUGGUCUUUCACCAGCGCCCGUAACAACAACAACGACAACAACAUCACCAAGAGUAGAAAGAAUGAGUGAUAGUGCUGCUGCUGCUGCUACUGCUGCUGCUGCUACUGCUGAUCAGUUAUCCUCGGGUGGUAUGUUAGAAUCGGAUGAUUUAAAUACAACAUUGGCAAGCCCACAUGAUGACGAUAUCAGUCUGCGAAAAUUUUCAACUCCAUCUCAACGGUUUAACAAUAAAAUAUAUAGCAGUUAUGAACAGCUAGCACUUGCCGCGCAGUUGAAUAAAAGUAAAGGUUCGUUUACGUGUGAAAAAUGCACGAAACAUUAUUUAUAUCGAAAAAGUUUCGAUAAGCAUAUACGGUAUUGUAAUCAAACAAUACACCCAUACAGACGGAUAUGAAAAGAAAACAAAUACGUAUAAAUAAAUGUUUAGAUAUAAAUACUUACAUAUACAUACGUAAGCUAAUACAAAGCAGUUUGUAAAUAUGUGCAGAGUAGCUGAACGCUAAGCAUCAAACCAUCGAAACGUGAAAUCCUAUACAUACAUAUGUAAUGGGGAAGAUUUUUUUUUUUUUUUUUGAUGUCCUAUGCUUUAAUUCCAUUUUCGUACAUUCCACGUGCAUUUGUGGGCUUGUGUUUCUAGUAUAUUUAUACUGAAGCAAUUUUAUCACAAACUCUAACGCACGGAGAGGAACAUAUUGAAUAUAUUUCAGCUUAGCAUUGUUUUAAAUGAUAAGCAAAGGAAUUAUUACGACUUUACAUCAGUAUCUAAUGUAUGACGUUUUAAGUCACGCUUUGUCUUUAAUUUUCCUGACAUCCAAUAUUCUAUUAUGUUUAGUUUGUGUUAUUUCAUAAAUAUUUUUAAUGACAUAUUUUCAUUAUUUACCAAUUUUGUUAUCGGAUGAAACUGUUUCCCACACUAAUUAGGGUAAGUUACAUAAGUACAAAAAAAGAAAUUUUUUCAAACAAAAUGAAAUAAAAUAAGCGCAUCUGAACUUUUGUAUAAAAAAAAACAUCUAAUAUAUUAUGGCUUUACUCUUAUAAAAUAGAUUGCAUGUGUGUAUGUACAAGUAUAUGUAUGUAUUAUAUAUGCUAUUCGAAGGUAAAACUU